AUGAUCGCCUACAAGCGAGCGGUCGACCAGGCCGGCGCCAGCUUUGCCGGUCACGUCGUCAAGUGGGUCGACAGGCGCAAGAACGAAGAAGCGGAUGCUCUGGCCAGGCUAGGAUCCAAGCGACUGCCACCCCCUCCAGGCGUAUUCCUCGAUGUCCUCACCCACUCGUCGGUACGUGCGCCCCGUGAGAUCGAUAUCGCCGAGCCGCCCACACCCGACUCCAUGCUAGUUGCAGUCGUUUCCAAUAAUGAAGAAUGGACGGAACCAUACAUGAAGUACCUUGAGCGGCAAGCCCUGCUGAUGGAAGAAGCAGAAGCCCGUAUAAUUGUGCGCCGGUGCAAGUCCUUCACCAUCAUCAACAACGAGCUCUACAGGCGCAGCAUCUCUGGAGUAUUUUAG